CCACAUGCAGGCGCUGACACGCUACUCCCAGUUGUCUACCAUCUGACACAGCAACCCUAUAGUAAUUAUCUUAGCAUCAAAGCAAACACUGCAGAGGUAUAAAACCUGCCCUGGGUGAGUCCUGCUUGUUUUGGAGGCUGCGAGACCUAUAAAGGAUGAAGACUUCUCUCCUUGUCGUGUUCAUCGUUGCCCUGUGCACAGAAAGUGCUUUCUCCUUGACAUGUUUCACAUGCAAAGAUGCUACUUCGAACUUGCAGUGUCUCAAUACAGUGACAUGCUCUGACCAUGAGAAGUAUUGCCUCACAACCUAUUCUACCACAGGAUACGGCAAUGACCGUAACCAACGUAUUUCUAAGAGAUGUUCUGCAUUUUGCCCAUCGAUUGACCUCAAUAUCGGCAUAGCCGGUGUUGCCACUAACUGCUGCGAGACUUCCUUGUGCAACAUCAGUGGUGCCAGCAGUGUGAAAACCAGCUACACUAUGAUAGCUCUGGGUGCCUUGGCCAGUCUUGCCUGUAUCCUCCGGUUGGGUUUUUAAAGGGGCUGGGGUUGGAAAGGAGCUCCUUGGCCUUAAGCUCUCUGUACAGUGUGAAUGCUGCCCUGUUUCUCCUACUUGGAAGAUCACAUCCCACCACCAAAUAUUUUUGCUCUUUCCAUGCUCUGAGGCCAAUAUGGAAGAGCACAGCCCUACCUCAAAAUGAUGUUUGGAAGAGAAAGGCAUGAUGUGGAGCCCUGCACAUGCAGAAGGGCACUGUAUUGUCACCAUCUCUCCUACUCUGCCUAUGGAACUCCAUGCAUCUUUUUUCCCCCUUCAUUUUGUCCAUGCCAUGCCCUCAUGCCAUUUUUCCUUUUAUAUCAUUUUGCGUUCUCUAUCAUUCUGCUCUGAGGAAACCUUUAAUAUUAGAGCUGUUAAACAGAAGCUGGGCACAAUAAAGUGUUAUUUUAUUCUA